AUGGACUUGAGCAAUCUUAAACGAGACUCCAUUGAUAGUCAGCCUGACUUGAAUGUGGAACACCGCACCAAGAAAGAUGAGCAAUAUUCUGAUCUCAUGGGUCCAACAAGGGACUUUGCUGUUCCCUGGCAAGACAUCGGCAUCGAUCUUUCCCAGGCUAAAACACCCCACCGAGGAGGCGAGCAAGAAGCAUUGAGAAUACUGGGGGAAUGUAUCAAAAACGAGGAUUACAUCGGCAGGUUUGAAAAACCGAAUACAUCGCCAGCCGAUUUCGAGCCCCAGUCAACCACAUUAUUGUCCCCUCAUCUUCAUUUCGGUUCGCUUUCCGUGCGGAAGUUUUGGUGGGAUGUGCAAGGGGUUAUGGAGAAACAACGGAAGGCCAAAAAGCCAGUCUCGACUGUGCCUACCAAUCUUCCUGGCCAGCUGCUCUUCCGUGAUAUGUACUUCGCUGCCCAGGCACCCCUUGGACACUCAUUCUCGCAUACAUAUGGAAACGAGGUUGCUAGAUUCAUCGACUGGCAUCUUCAAACAAACCCUCCUAAUCAGGACGGGUACAUCGAUGGGUCCUACGAUGUGGACUCGCAAGAAGCGGAGGAAUGGUUUCAACGGUGGAAAGAUGGUCGCACCGGAUUCCCAUGGAUUGAUGCUUUGAUGCGCCAGCUGAGGCAGGAGGGCUGGAUCCAUCAUCUAGGAAGACACAGCGUUGCCUGUUUUCUGACUCGAGGCGGGUGCUAUGUAUCAUGGGAGCGGGGUGCAGAGGUUUUUGAAGAAUUAUUGAUUGAUCACGAAGUCGCUUGCAAUGUGGGAAACUGGAUGUGGCUCUCCUGCACGGCAUUCUUCGCUCAAUUCUACCGCUGCUACUCGCCUAUUGCAUUCGGAAAGAAAUGGGAUCCAGAAGGAUCUCUUAUCAGAAGAUAUUGCCCCGAACUAGCAAAGUUUGACAAAAAGCACAUAUACGAACCCUGGAAAGCACCCAUUGCCGAUCAGAAGAAAUGGGGGUGUAGGAUCACUGGAGACGGUAGUUCCUCUAGCUCUGAUGAUUCUGAACACACAUAUCCAAAGCCAAUGUUCGAUUUCAAUGAGCGAAGGGAGAUAUGCCUGGCUGGCAUGAAACAUGCUUAUGGUGUUGGAUUACACGGGAAUGAUGUCAAGGUCAAAGAUGGCUCUUGGAAGAAAGAAUUUGAAAAUGACGGAGACUCUGGAGGUAACAGGCCGGUAAAACGACAAAAGACCUGA